AUGCUGCGCCAAUGCUCGCGUGUGUGGCCAUGGAGUCGUGCCAGAGGUGGUCUUUUUGGUAGAUCUCGUGGCUUCGCUUUGGUGAACCAAAGUCGAAUUCAUCGUCUCAGACCACUGGCGAUUGGUGCUGUGGGCGCUGCCACUGCCACUGCCUACACUGCCUACACUCUAUGGAGACGGGAAGAUGAAAUUGAACUGCCUGCGGUGCCUGAACCGACCCCCACCUUCAAGCAUCCCUAUGAGACAUGGCCAUGGUAUCAGAAAGCCUGGUUUGCGUUCAAAAGAUCUGUUUUUUUAGCUUGGGUCUUUGCGCCUUUCAUGUGCGCAUCGACGUUAUUGAUGCUCUUUGGAAAGGAAAGUGAAAAUUGGCGGGAAAUUUGGUUGCAGCAGAUGCUGGCAUGUACACAGCGAGCCGGUGCCGCUUUCCAGAAGUUUGGUCAAUGGCUCUCCAUGCGCCCAGACAUGUUCCCUCCAGAUGUCAUUGUGGUUUUGUCCAAGCUUCGUGCGGAUGCUCCCGCGCAUCCUGGGGUGGUGUCAAGGCGCAAACUGAAAGAACAUCUUGGCAAGGAUGUGGAGGAAUUGUUUGAUGAGUUUCAGGAGGAGCCCAUUGCCAGUGGCUCAGUGGGCCAAGUGCACAGAGCACGUCUUCGUGCAGAACACGCCUUGGACGGCCCAGGUGGCAACCUGAGGGAUGUGGCAGUCAAGAUCCAGCAUCCAGGGGUCAUUGACAGUGCCUUCAUGGACCUCAAUAUCGUUUGGAAAGUUGUGGAGUUUUCCGAGAACUUCUUGCACAUGACAGUGCCGUUCGACAGGAGCGACUUCGAUGCGGUGAUCCAGGCACAGAUGGAUUUCACGCGCGAAGCCUUCAACCUGCAGCGAUUUGCCAAGAACUUCAAGGGUGAACGUCGUAUCCGGUUUCCGAAAGUCUCUUCGAGAUUUGUGACUCCAGAGGUCUUGGUGGAGACAUGGGAAAGUGGCGAAAUCAUCUCCAACAUCAUGGAGGACUUCGACAAUGCGAAGGCCAAGUGUCAAGAAGCCGUAACGGCUCUGGAGGAAAAGAAGCGAACAGUACAAGGCAAGCUCUCCAAGAUUCUCUACGACAUGAGCAUGAAGAUGAUGGUGCGAGACAACUUCGUGCAUGGCGACCUGCACGGGGGCAACAUUUUGUAUUCCAUGUCCGACGACCAUGUUACGGUGCUGGAUUGUGGCAUUGCCACAUCUUUGGACAAGAGGACUUUCGCUCCCUUCGGUGUUUUCCUGCACGCGCUCUGUUCGGGUCAAACUGAUACAGUGGUGGAGUACCUCCAACGCUUCAACGAAGCGAACUUGGUGGUCAAUACCAAACAGUUGAAGUCCGACAUUCAAGCGACCAUGGACAAGUACAUGGGCCCCUUCCGCAUGAAUCCUCAGGGCCCGCUGAACGCAGCGGAUAUGUUUGGGGAGGUGAUGUUCACCCUGCAGCGCCACGGGAUGUUGCUGAAAGGUGACGUGGCCUCCACCCUCUUCACCAUUUCCAUCAGCGAGGGCUUGGUGCGGCAGCUGGAUCCAUCCUUCGAUGUGGCGGAGCAAGCCUUGCCGUACAUCACCAAGUACAUGGGUAUGAAGACCUACUUUUCCCGACCAGAGUCGCUGCCAGAACUGCGCAGGAAAAUUUGCAGAGAAGCCCAUGAGAUGCUGCUGGUGUCAGCAGCUGUGCGCUGGAGCCUUCUCGUAUUCUUGAGUUUGCUUUUGAGCAGCCUCCUGGAUCUGGGCUACUCCAGCGACGAGGCUGACCCAGAUGAGGAUGACGAGGAUGAGGACUUCCCAGAAUCAGUGUACACACUGAAAGAUGGCACAUUUGAUGACUUCCUGAAGGGCCACGAGAGAGCCCUGGUGGAAUUCUAUGCGCCAUGGUGUGGACAUUGCCAGAAACUGGAGCCAGAAUACAACCAGGCAGCAGAUGCUCUUCGAAUGGAGGGAGCCAAGACGGUUCUUGCCAAGGUGGAUGCCACUGUGGAGAAAGCUUUAGCCGAGAGGUUCGAGGUGAAGUCCUUCCCUACGCUGAAGUACUUCGCGAGUGGAGGUGACCCCAUCGAGUAUGAUGGUCCUCGACAGGCGGAUGGCAUUGCAGAAUGGCUCAGAAAGCGUGAGAAGCCGGUGGUGGAAGAGAUUGCAAAUUCAGAGGUGGAUGCAUUCAUUGAGAAGGGCCUGGGAUCUGGUGCUUAUGUGGUUGUGGCCCACGUGAAGAAGAAGUCGGCGCGUGCCAAGGCCUUCUUCAAAGCGGCUCAAACCUUCGUGGAUUACAAGGCGGACAAGAUCAGGUUUGCUGCGGUGUGGCUUGAAAAAUCUGCAGAUCCCAAGAAGGAUGCGCUGAUGGCCAUGUCAUGUCCAGAUGUGAGCGAUUUGGAUCCCAAGAAGUUCGACUUCAGUGGUUCAUGGACUGAUGGUGCCAUUCAGAAGUGGGUGGUGUCGGGCACCUAUCCGACCAUCGGCCAGGGCUUCAAGGUGGAGAAGUACGGCGCUGAGGCCGUGCGGGACGUUGGCGCCAAAGGCGCUGUGGUGGGCAUCUAUGAGAAUGAUGAAGCUGCUAAGACCGUCACUGAGCUCUUCACAAAGGUAGCUCCAAAAGAGAAGGACUGGCGCUUCACCGCCGUCCUUCGGUCCUCCUUGGAGACACCCGACGUCCUGGGCGUGCGCGGAGAAGUCUCGGCGCAGAUUACGGUGCUGCACGGCGAGAAGAAGUACGUCCUGAAGGAGGGCUUGAGCGAAGAGGCCCUGAAAAAACUCCUUGCAGACAUCCUGGCCAAGAAAGCCAAGCCGCACUACAAGAGUGCUGCUGCCCCACAAGCUACAGAGGAUGGCGUCACGAUCUUGACAGGUGAUACCUUUGAGCAGAUUGCCAUGGAUUCCAAGAAAGAUGUUUUCGUGGAGUUUUACGCCCCUUGGUGCGGGCACUGCCAGAAGCUGGCGCCCGUCUGGAGCGAGUUGGCGAAGAAGGUGGAGAAGCAAGGCUUUGCCAAGAAGGGCGUUGUGGUGGCCAAGAUGGAUGUCACGGAAAAUGAAUGUGAGGAGCAGAUCACCGGUUAUCCCAGCCUAAUUCUGCACCCCGCAGUGAAGAAGGAGAAGAAGAUGAGACAGAAGCUGAUCUAUGGAGGUCAGCGGGAGUUCGAUCCUCUGAUGGAUUUUGUGGUGGAAAAUUCUGUGAACCUCGAAGAUGUGGAGAUGGCGGAUUCUGUGGGAAAGCAGGCCUCUUUGGUGGACAGAGAACGAAAGAAGAAAAAGAAGGAGCUGUGA